AUUUGGACAUUCAUCAAUUAAAUAUCAUGUCGUCGAAACUUUUGCGUUGGGGCAUUGCAUCCGCUGGCAAGAUCAGCGAGGAUUUUGUCAUUGCCGUCGGAGCUCUACCCUCCACUGAGCAUAAGGUGCAGGCUGUGGCUGCCCGCUCUCUGGAACGUGCUCAGGAAUUUGCCCGCAAACAUGAGAUACCCAAUUCCUAUGGUAGUUACAUUGAAUUGGCCCAAGACGAGGAUGUGGAUGUCGUCUAUAUUGGAGCCUUAAAUACGCAGCACUAUGAGUUAUCCGUGCUGAUGUUGAACCAUGGCAAACAUGUGCUCUGCGAGAAGAGUCUGGCUAUGAAUAGGAAGCAAGCGGAGGGCAUUGUGGCUGCUGCCAAGGUUAAUAAACGUUUCUUCAUGGAGGCCGUAUGGUCGCGUUUCUUUCCAUCUUAUCAAUAUGUCAAGGAACUCAUUGCCACCAAGAAAAUUGGUGAUAUACAAGCUGUGGAGGCCAAUUUGGGCUUCCCUAUGCUUGAAGUGGAGCGUUUACAGAAACGUGAUUUGGGCGGUGGUGUAAUCUAUGAUCUGGGUAUCUAUGCCAUUCAAGCCAUUCAGUGGGCUUUUCAAGAGAAACCUCAAAACAUAGAAGCGACUGGCACCUUGAAUGCCGAAGGCAUCGACAAUGAAGUCAGCGCCACAUUGACUUACAGUGGCGGUCGUCAGGCUCACUUGCAUCUCAGUUCCUUGGAAAAGCUGAACAAUACAGCUGUCAUCACAGGCACCAAAGGCCAAGUUACGCUGAUUGAUUUCUAUGGUCCCAACAUACUAAUCGAUAUCGAUGGCAAACAAAAGGAAUGGCUGCCACCUCAAGGUAAAUUUCCCACAAAUUAUACCAAUACCAUUUGCCUGCUUUACGAGGCUGCUGCAGUGCGUCAAUCCAUACUUGCUGGUGAGAGGGAGAAUCAAACUGUUACCUAUGCGGACAGCUUGUUGUUUGCCGAAAUUCAAGAUAGCUUAAGGAAUCAAAUCGGUGUACUCAAUCAAUAUGAUGAACAAUAA